ACUACUCUUUCAAAUCAGUUAUACUAGUACUAGACCAAAUAUCACAUUUUCACUUUCAAAAGACUUUUGAGGAAAAAUCAAAAUUAUCCCAAAAAAUUAUAACUUCACUUAGCUUACGUUUCACUCUCUUUUUAAUCCUCCCCGCUUCAGCCGCCGUCAAAUACCUCUCACCCCUAUAACCGCCGCAAAGUUCUCCCUCAACCCCUUCUUCCGCCGCCAAGUGCUCCCCUUCCAAAUCCUACGCCGCCCAAUUCUCUCUCCUCCCUUCUAUAUCAUCAUGAACAACAACAUAAAAAACCCUAAUACUCCUUCACACACUCCUCCUCUUACUACUGCAACAUCCACGCCAUUACCUAGCGAUGAAAAUUGCCCUACCGAUGAUCCCUUAUCGUCAAAUAGCACAAAUGCUUGCGCCGCGUGUAGAUUCCAGCGUCGAAAAUGUGCCGAAAACUGUCCCCUAGCGCCUUACUUCCCCGCCCACAAUUACCAGCAGUUUAUCAAUGCUUACAAAAUUUUCGGGGUUAAUAAAAUCGUUAAGGCUUUAAUUUCCGUCGGUCCGACUUUUAGGGACGACGCAAUGACUUCUCUUAUUUACUCUGCUAACGCCCGUGCUCAAGAUCCUGUUGGUGGUUGCAAACAGAUUAUUGAUUCUCUACAAGCCCAAAUUACCUUUUACGAAAAUCAACUUAACGCCAUUCGAGCCCAAAUCGCCGCCUUUAGAGCCGGUGCUAGUACUGGUUUCCCGCCGUUCUUCCGUGGUGCUCAUGUUCAAGUUCCAGAGGCCUUACCCUUGUCGUCACCUGCUCAUUUCAGAAAACGCCCUGGAAAUGUACUAGAAGACAUUAAACCAAUACCAAAAUUGAGUAAUAAAGCCAAGAAAGCAGUAGCCCAAUUUGAAACAGAGAACAUGAUCACAGGCAAUCAAGUUCAGAAUGUUGCAGUACGGGUAGAGCACAAGUUGGAGGACGAAACUGAAAAUCUUAGUGAUGAGCAGAAACCAACUAAGAGAAAGUCUGUAGAUAAAUUUGGAAAACGCAAAAAGAAAAGAAUCAAACAUUCCUCUUUGGAUGAUCACCUUCCUUGUUACAACACAUUUUGCUACCCUUCAUAACCAUCAUUAUUAUCCCUUCUUUCUCUUAUUUGAAACACGAGUUCUGAAGCCGAUGCUAUAUGCAUACCAAUUUUAGCAAUUUCUUGAUGGAUUAUAUUGUAUGAAAAGGUUGGACAAUUCCAUGUCUUUGAUCUUUUUUAUUUAAUUUUUUUGAGCAUUAAAUGGACAGUAUAUAAGAAUUUUGAAUGUAAUUAAACCCCACUUCUAGCUAAAAUGUACAUGUAUUUGUUCAUGAGGAGUUGAACACCAACUUAUCUGAUUGGCUCCGUUUGU